AUGGGACUAUCGGACAGAACAAACACUGAGGAAGAGGUAGCGAAGUCUAUGCUGUGGGAGGCGAGGGUGAACAAUGGUCACCUUUCCAGGGAUCUACGGGACCGAAUCGAUCGCUUAUCCCGGGGCAUCCGCAAGGAAAUGGUGGAUCAAACGGACACAGGCUUAACACCACUGGCCAUCGCGUGUAUGCGUGGAAACGUUAAAAUCGCCAAGUAUCUUAUAGGGGUUUGCCAUGCAGACAUGGAACUGUGCAGCGGCGAGUGGUACGAAGGCGUCGUGUCAGAUAGUAAUUCUGUAGAUACCUUUACCCCUCUGGGAUGGGCCAGCAAAUACUCGAAGAUCGAAAUCGUUGAAUGUCUCUUCAAGCUAGGGGCAAAAUUGAAUGCUCCUUCCAAAUGUGGAUCAACGCCGGUGCUGAUCGCCUGUGGUACACUGAAUCUGGAAUUUGUUCGACAUCUGGUGGAGAGAGGUGCGGACGUUCGCAAGCCCAACCACAGCGGUAAAACAUGUCUUAUGGCUUCGAUCGGAUCGGAGAAACUGUGCAGCUAUUUGAUCUGGAAGGGAAUUGAAAUCAACGAACGAGACAAUUCUGGUAAAACUGCUCUUCAUUACGCAGUAGAACGUAAAGAAUUUAAUACGGUCGAACUGUUACUGAACCGUGGAGCUGACCCAUUCGCUAAGACGCAUGCAGUGUUGGAAGAGCAUUUGUCGAAAGCGAAACACAAGCAGUUAUCAACCAAUUCAUCAACAAAUACGAAUAUGGGACUAUCGGACAGAACAAACACUGAGGAAGAGGUAGCGAAGUCUAUGCUGUGGGAGGCGAGGGUGAACAAUGGUCACCUUUCCAGGGAUCUACGGGACCGAAUCGAUCGCUUAUCCCGGGGCAUCCGCAAGGAAAUGGUGGAUCAAACGGACACAGGCUUAACACCACUGGCCAUCGCGUGUAUGCGUGGAAACGUUAAAAUCGCCAAGUAUCUUAUAGGGGUUUGCCAUGCAGACAUGGAACUGUGCAGCGGCGAGUGGUACGAAGGCGUCGUGUCAGAUAGUAAUUCUGUAGAUACCUUUACCCCUCUGGGAUGGGCCAGCAAAUACUCGAAGAUCGAAAUCGUUGAAUGUCUCUUCAAGCUAGGGGCAAAAUUGAAUGCUCCUUCCAAAUGUGGAUCAACGCCGGUGCUGAUCGCCUGUGGUACACUGAAUCUGGAAUUUGUUCGACUUCUGGUGGAGAGAGGUGCGGACGUUCGCAAGCCCAACCACAGCGGUAAAACAUGUCUUAUGGCUUCGAUCGGAUCGGAGAAACUGUGCAGCUAUUUGAUCUGGAAGGGAGUUGAAAUCAACGAACGAGACAAUUCUGGUAAAACUGCUCUUCAUUACGCAGUAGAACGUAAAGAAUUUAAUACGGUCGAACUGUUACUGAACCGUGGAGCUGACCCAUUCGCUAAGACGCAUGCAGUGUUGGAAGAGCAUUUGUCGAAAGCGAAACACAAGCAGUUAUCAACCAAUUCAUCAACAAAUACGAAUAUGGGACUAUCGGACAGAACAAACACUGAGGAAGAGGUAGCGAAGUCUAUGCUGUGGGAGGCGAAGGUGAAUAAUGGUCACCUUUCCAGGGAUCUACGGGACCGAAUCGAUCGCUUAUCCCGGGGCAUCCGCAAGGAAAUGGUGGAUCAAACGGACACUGGCUUAACACCACUGGCCAUCGCGUGUAUGCGUGGAAACGUUGAAAUCGCCAAGUAUCUUAUAGGGGUUUGCCAUGCAGACAUGGAACUGUGCAGCGGCGAGUGGUACGAAGGCGUCGUGUCAGAUAGUAAUUCUGUAGAUACCUUUACCCCUCUGGGAUGGGCCAGCAAAUACUCGAAGAUCGAAAUCGUUGAAUGUCUCUUCAAGCUAGGGGCAAAAUUGAAUGCUCCUUCCAAAUGUGGAUCAACGCCGGUGCUGAUCGCCUGUGGUACACUGAAUCUGGAAUUUGUUCGACAUCUGGUGGAGAGAGGUGCGGACGUUCGCAAGCCCAACCACAGCGGUAAAACAUGUCUUAUGGCUUCGAUCGGAUCGGAGACACUGUGCAGCUAUUUGAUCUGGAAGGGAGUUGAAAUCAACGAACGAGACAAUUCUGGUAAAACUGCUCUUCAUUACGCAGUAGAACGUAAAGAAUUUAAUACGGUCGAACUGUUACUGAACCGUGGAGCUGACCCAUUCGCUAAGACGCAUGCAGGUGAUGAUGCUCUGCAGAUAGCUUGUGACAAAGGAUUACAGGAAUAUGUGAAAUAUUUCUUGCAACGGUUCGAUUAUCCGAAAGAAAGAAUGGCCGAAAUUGUCGAAUUGAUGGGAGCUAACAAACGAGCCAAUAAACCUGCGGGAUGUUGA